CGAAAGGCCAUCUCAUGGCAAUCACUCGACACGGAAUCAAUCGUCAAGACGUCGGCGCUCUUAUGCGCUGUUCUUUCGAAGAGACGGUCGAUGUGUUGAUAGACGCGGCCUCUCAUGCGGAGGUCGAUUACUUGAGGGGCGUCUCCGAGAAUAUAAUAGUGGGACAGUUGGCCAAAAUGGGAACGGGAGCUUUCGGCAUGCUUUUGGACCCGGAUAAGUGCAAACAGGGCAUUGAAAUACCCAUGAAUUUGCCCGGAAUGGCAACUAUGGGAGUCGGCAUUUUCUAUAGCGGCGCUGACUCGCCAUCAAUGGCUGGUAUGACUCCGCAGAUGACCCCUUGGGGACAGGGGGCCACUCCGGCCUAUGGCCAGGCCUGGUCACCCGGACUCGGUCUUGGAAUGACACCAAAUGCGGCCGGAUUUUCGCCAUCUGCCGCAUCAGAUGCGAGUGGUUUUUCACCGGGAUAUUCGCCCGGUUGGUCACCUCAACCCGGUUCACCCGGCUCUCCCACUUCGCCAUAUAUACCAUCACCGCAUGGCUUACUCUCGCCAUCGUAUUCGCCGUCAUCUCCAGCCUAUGCCCCGAUGUCUCCCGGAGUCGGACCUUCAAGUCCUACAUAUUCACCGACGAGUCCAUCGUAUUCUCCG